AUGCUCCGACAAUACUUUUGGAGCAGUAGGGCCAAAACGAGAUGGAAACCCCCAGACCCGGCGAGGUUUUCGGGAUACACCGCUGGACGGUUAUGGACGCCGCCCGCUGGACGGAAGAAGCUCAAUUUAAAAGAGGAAUAUCAAGAAAUUUUGGAAACUGUUGUCAAAGAGAACCAGGCGAACCUGGCGGCCCAUUUUGAUCUCAGAUCACAGCCCAAUUCCCGGCGGACAUUCAGAACAAUCCUUAAUCGGCUUCAAACCGAGUACUAUGGCCCGUCUGUGCCUGUUCAAUCCGAAGAGGACACAAAACUAUGGUGUCCGGCUAAACAGUACAACGCGUUCUUGUUUGAGCUGUAUAGAAAGCCAAUCAAGCUGCCCAAAGUGCUCGAGGCCAUGGCCGAUUUACCCCAGCCGACUGCGCGAUACGUUUAUCGAGCCCAUUUGCGGGACAUGAUGGCAUUUGCCAGACAAAAGAACGAUUCCAAGGCAUACAUGGCGGUAUUCGAGUCUCUGGAGCGUGUAUCGUACGAGUUUUCUUCAUUUGAGCGAGCAGAGGCUCUUCUGUUAAUGUCGAAAAAUUCCCACUCAGAAAAACAAUUGAGAGACAAAUUCUCCAGUUGGCGAGCACACUUUGGUAGUGGCGAUCUGCGGGUUUUGAAUGUUUUGCUGAAUGCUGGAGUAAAUUCCAAUUCGGCAGAGUUGCAGAGUUUCGCCCUCGACCAAAUCAAGUCGCACGGCCUCAAACCCGAUCGACUCACGUUCCACUGUCUGAUGCGGCGGGCCCGUAAUCGGCCAGUGGAGCUGAAGGCCCUUUUCCGCGAAUUCUGUGACCAAGGAUUCAUUAUUGAUAUCUCCACCCUGUACAUCAUGAUGCAAGGCCUGUUGCAGAGCGGCUACAUUGCGGCCGCAGAGAACUUUCUUCAUCAAUUACUGCGUAACAGCCCGAACACGCACGUUGUGGACACCAACCCUAAUCAGCUGUCGAUGCUCCUGUGGAUGAUAGACCGCACACGGCAGCUUUCGAACUCCGACUCGCAGGUCACCCAGAUGGUAAGCCUGGUGCCUGACGAACGUCUUCUGCUGGCAUUUGCAAACAAGUACCUGGAAAUGGGUGACUUUGCAAAGCUGUGCGGCAUGCUCAAAGAGCUUGCCAACCACAGCAAUCCGUCGCGCGACCUUAUAUACCGCGUCACGCGAGCGUUUCGGCACCAGUGGUCGGUGCAGGAAUUCGAUGUUUUCGUCAGCCUAGUUCUGGACAUUGCCAACGAUCUGCCCCUAAUGACCGAGUCGCUUGCCAAUGCAUUGCAAAUGACCCACCAAAAACUCAGACCAAGCGACGAAACCUCUAUUUACGACUUAUGUUUAGCAUUUUAA